AUGUCUGGCUGUCUGGAUCAAAUUCGCUGCGACUGCAAUUUCGAUUUGGAAGGCCGAAGGUUCGUGAUUUGAUUAUAGUGUCCUGCCAACUGUACUUUUCAGAAAUGCGGUCGCUUCCGUCGCUUCGGCUGCUCUCUUCUUCAUCGCUUGGUGGCUGAUGAUCGACACGGCGGCCGUCUACGACUCGAAAGACUGGACGAACGUCUACUUCAUCAUCACCAUUUCGAGCACUGUCGCCAUGUUCAUGGUGAAUGCGAUUUCGAACAGUCAAGUGCGCGGAGAGAGUCUCCACGAAGGACUUCUCGGAACCAAAGGUGUUCGUCUCCCGCUCAUCCCCCUCACAACAUCCGUUUUCAGGAGCCCGUCUCUGGCUGAUGGCCGCUUUCGUCGUCUCGUUCGCUUCUCUCGUCGCCGCCACGUGGAUUCUGUUCUCCGAUUACGUUCUCCGCCAAGGCGAGCACACCGUAUGGCCGGGAGUCGCUCUCUUCCUCACCAACUUCAUAAUCUUCGCCUCUUCGUGCGUCUACAAGUUCGGGCGUACCGAGGAAAUGUGGGCGUGA